ACAUAGCACUUUAAAUAUUACGGUAUAAAAUAUUAUAAACGUGCAACUUAUAUAACAUUAUAUUGUUAAAACAUGUCGCAUUCAAAAUUAUUUUUCCUCUGAAUAAUUGCUUGUACUUAAGUAAGAAUUAAUUUUUACGCACGUUAUACGCCACGAUGAGUACUACAAUAGCCAUAGGAUUUUAUUUGUUACUGUCUCUUAAUUUUUCUGAAUCGUUAAUUAUUCAAAAUCCAGUUGAUGUAAAAGAAAAUAAUUCUUAUAAGGAUGAAGGUUUAUUCAGCGAUCUUAAUACGUUUGAAGGAAAUUCCGUCGCACAAUAUAACUUUUUUCUACCCAAAAAUUUUGAUGCACGCAAAAAAUGGCCGAGAUGUCGUUCAAUAGGCGCUGUUCGAUUUCAGUCCAAUUGCAAUUCUGAUUGGGCUAUUGCGGCUGCUGGAGCUUUUAGCGAUAGACUGUGUAUUACCAGUAAAGGUAAAACGACAGUCAACAUAUCGGUUGAACACAUACUCACUUGCGCUAUAAGAGACGGAUGCAGAGGAGGAGAGACCAAUAAUGCUUGGGAUUUCCUCGGGUACAACGGUGCCGUAACUGGAGGUGACUACAGAUCAUACGAGGGGUGUCAACCGUAUGAAAUAGCACCUUGUGGAUCUUCCGGUUAUCCGAAAUGUAAUAAAACCAUUGCAGACACGCCAUGGUGCUAUAGGUACUGUACAAAUACCUACUAUAGAAGGAGCUAUGACGGCGAUUUGUACAGGACUCGUGGACGUUAUAAGACAAUUUCGCCCAAAAACGAAAACGCCAUUAUGAAUGAGAUUUAUUCCAACGGUUCGGUAGCAGCUGUAUUUGAUGGCUACAAAGACUUGUUUGAUCACAUUUCUGGGGUCUAUGUUAGAAAGUCUAACGAGUUUAUCGGACGGCAUUCGGUGAAAAUAAUUGGCUGGGGUAUUACAGGAAGACAAUCUUACUGGCUGAUGGUAAAUUCUUGGGGUGAACGUUGGGCCGAACAGGGACUGUUCAAAAUGGAGAGAGACACAUUGAGUAAUUUAUUCGGAAGCAUCACAGCAGGAUAUGCUUGAUAUAUUUUGGUGUAUUAUAAAUGUUAUAAUUAUACAAUUUACAUAAUCUAUAUAAAUGUAAAACAAAUUUUAAUUUUAGAAAUUAUAGGUAAUAGAUUUUGUUUAA